AUGUCCGCCAACGGUUCCGCACAAGCUGCCCUCGCGCCUGGCCACUUCCUCUUCACGUCCGAGUCUGUUGGCGAGGGCCAUCCCGAUAAGAUUUGCGACCAGGUUUCCGAUGCCAUUCUCGAUGCCUGUCUCGCGCAGGACCCAUUCUCCAAAGUUGCCUGUGAGACCGCAUCCAAGACCGGCAUGAUCAUGGUCUUCGGCGAGAUCACCACUCAGGCGAAGAUCGACUUCCAGAAGGUCAUCCGCAACACAAUCAAGGAGAUUGGUUAUGACGACUCGUCCAAGGGCUUUGACUACAAGACCUGCAACAUCCUUGUCGCGAUCGAGCAGCAAUCCCCUGAUAUUGCGCAGGGCCUCGACCAUGGCGCGCUUGAGAACAUUGGUGCCGGUGACCAGGGCAUUAUGUUCGGAUACGCGACCGACGAGACGCCCGAGUACAUGCCCCUCACGCUUGUCCUCGCCCACCGUUUGAACGAGGCGAUGGCUGUCGCUCGUCGUUCUGGCCUUCUUCCCUGGCUCCGCCCCGACUCGAAGACGCAAGUCACUGUCGAGUACAAAAAGGACGGCGGUGCUACCAUCCCUCUCCGCGUCGACACGAUUGUUGUCUCGACGCAGCACGCCGAGGAGAUCUCGACCGAGGACUUGCGCAAGGAGAUCAUGGAGAAGAUCAUCAAGCAAGUCAUCCCUGCUAACCUGCUCGACGCGCGCACGGUGUAUCACAUCCAACCUUCAGGUCGCUUCGUGAUUGGUGGCCCUCAGGGUGAUGCUGGUCUCACUGGUCGUAAAAUCAUCGUCGACACCUACGGUGGUUGGGGUGCUCACGGUGGGGGAGCCUUCUCUGGCAAGGACUGGUCCAAGGUUGACCGGUCUGCUGCCUACACUGCUCGCUGGAUUGCCAAGUCCUUGGUUGCUGGUGGUCUUGCGCGCCGGGCGUUGGUCCAACUGUCCUAUGCUAUUGGUGUUGCGGAGCCUUUGUCGAUCUACGUCGACACGUACGGUACUGGCAAGAAGACCGAUGAGGAACUCGUGGACAUCAUCCGCAAGAACUUCAACCUCCGACCAGGUGUCAUUGUCCAACAUCUUGGUUUGCAAAAGCCCCAGUACCGCAAGACGGCGUCGUACGGCCACUUUGGCAACUCGGAGUACACAUGGGAGCAGCCCAAGAAGCUUCAGCUGUAA